GGCGCAAGACUUGUAGGACCAAAGUGGCAUGCAGUUAAAGUAGACUGGAUUGAGGUUCUGCUAGCAAUGGACAAUAAUAGUGGAAAAGUAAGCAAGUCAGCCAUAGAGCGCUUUGGAGUGGAGAAUAGGGUAGAGGUGUGCACCAUGAGAUGGCUUGGACGGCCAAGGCCAAGUAGACAGCAUGCAUCAGUGGUUGUCAAAGUGGCAACAAAAGAGGAUGCAGAGAAGCUGCUAAAGUCAGACGGCGUAACAUUCGGAGGGGGAGGACUUAUUAUAACUCCUUUUAAAGAGCGACGCACUCCAGUAGCGUGCUUUAAGUGUAGGAGGUUUGGGCACAGAGCGAGAGACUGCAUGCGGCCAGAAACAUAUGAUAUGUGCGGGCAGGAGGGCCAUUUACAGUGCGAGACAGUUAACUUGCACUAUGUAAACUGCCAAGGCCCACAUAGGGCAUCACAUCGGAGGUGC